CGCCGGCCCGCACAUGGGAGCGGGGCCGGGGGGCCGCGGGUUCGAGGCUCGGCUCCGCUGGGCUCGGCUCAAUUUAACUGCCCGCCCGCCCGCCAUGGCCCGGCGGAGCGCACUCUCCAUCCGCAUCGUGGAGGGCAAGAACCUGCCCGCCAAGGACAUCACAGGGAGCAGCGACCCAUACUGCAUCGUGAAGAUCGACGAUGAGGCCAUUAUCAGGACUGCCACGGUGUGGAAGACGCUGUCCCCGUUCUGGGGGGAGGAGUACGAGGUGCACCUCCAGCCCACCUUUCACAGCAUCUCCAUCUACGUCAUGGAUGAGGAUGCACUGAGCCGCGAUGACGUUAUCGGGAAGGUCUGCAUCACCCGGGACACGCUGGCGGAGCACCCAAAGGGCUACAGUGGCUGGGUGAGCCUCAGCGAGGUGGACCCCGAUGAGGAAGUGCAGGGGGAGAUCCACCUGCGGGUGGAGGUCCUCGGGAGCCAGGGUGGUCGGCAGCUGCGCUGCACCGUGCUGGAGGCCAGGGAUUUGGCCAGGAAAGACCGGAACGGCGCCUCUGACCCCUUUGUCCGCUUGCGCUACAAUGGGAAGGUGCAGGAGAGCACCGUGGUCAAGAAAUCCUGCUACCCCCGCUGGAACGAGACCUUCGAGUUCGAGCUGGCCGAGCUGGCUGAGGAGAAGCUGUGUGUGGAGGUGUGGGACUGGGACCUCGUCAGCAGGAACGACUUCCUGGGCAAGGUGGUGUUCAGUGUCCAGGGGCUGGAGGCAGCCGGGCAGGAGGAGGGCUGGUUCCGGCUGCGGCCAGACAAGUCCAAGACAAGGGAGGACGAGCACCGAGGCAGCCUGGGCUCGCUGCAGCUGCAGGUGAGGCUGCGGGACGAGACGGUGCUGCCCUCCCACUGCUACCAGCCCCUAGUCCAGCUCCUGUGCCAGGAGGUGAAGGCAGGGCACCAGGAUGGCCAAGUGCACCUGGUCACCCUCUUCGAUGAAACCACCACAGCUGAGUGCCGGCAGGAGGUCGCAAUCAACUUGGUCAAACUCUUCCUGGGCCAAGGGCUGGUCAAGGAGUUCCUGGACCUGCUCUUCGAGCUGGAGCUGGCCAAGCCCUGUGAGCCCAACACUUUGUUCCGGAGCAACUCCCUGGCCUCAAAGUCAAUGGAGUCCUUUCUCAAGGUGACGGGGAUGUCGUACCUGCACGCUGUCCUGGGGCCCACCAUCACCCGCGUGUUCGAGGAGAAGAAGUAUGUGGAGCUGGACCCCGGCAAGGUGGAGAUCAAAGAUGUCGGGUGCUCAGGGCUGCACCGGGUGCAGACGGAGGGUGAGGUGAUUGAGCAGAGCUGCCAGCACCUCCAGUCCUACCUGGGUGAGCUGCUGGAUGCCAUCGUCAAGUCGGCCCCAGCAUGUCCCCCCAUCAUCCGUGCAGCUUUCCGGAAGCUCUUCUGGCGUGUUGGGGAGCGCUUCCCCCAGCACCAGCACGCCAAGUUCGUGGCUGUCACCAGCUUCCUCUGCCUCCGCUUCUUCUCGCCAGCCAUCAUGACCCCCAAACUCUUCCACCUGCGGGAGACGCACGCCGACGCACGCACCGGCCGCACGCUGCUGCUCCUGGCCAAGGCUGUCCAGAUGGUGGGCAACAUGGAGCCAGUGGCUGGGCGGGCCAAGGAGGCCUGGCUGGCCCCGCUGCUGCCCGCCCUGCAGCAGGGCAUUGCCCAGAUGAAGGACUUCAUUGGCCGGCUGGUGGGGACGGAGGAAGAGGAGGAGAAGGAGGAAGGUGAGGGGCAGCCACUGUGCCCCCCCACUAUGGUGAUGAAGGAGGGGCCGCUCUUCGUCCAUAAGACGCGGGGCAAGGGGCCGCUGCUUGCCGCUGCCAUCGCCAAGAAGCUCCACUUCUGCCUCACCAGGGAGGCCCUCAGCUUCAGCAAGAGCCCCGGUGCCGAGCGUAGCGGCGCUAUCGCCCUGGCCGACAUCCUUGCUGCUGAGAAGGUGGAGGAGAAGAGCUUUGGGAGCUCCCAUGUCAUGCAGGUGGUCUACAUGGGUGCGGAUGGGCAGCAGGAGACCGCCUACCUCCAGUGCAAGUGCGUCAAUGACCUGAACCAGUGGCUGUCAGCCCUGCGCAAGGUGUGCGUCAACAACCCCCGCAUGCUCCACGCCUACCACCCCGGCAUCUUCCGGGGGGACAAGUGGAGCUGCUGCCACCAGCGGGAGAGGACAGGGCUCGGGUGCGACCGGACCCGGCACGGUGUCACCCUGCAGUACUGGAGCGACCCCCUGGACCCCGCUGCGGAGGCACAGCGCCUCUUCCACCACCUCCAGGGCCUCCGAGAGACCCUCAGGGAGAAGUACUGGGAGCUGCUGGAGCCAGAGGAUGCCCAAAAUGGCCCCCGGGGUGAAUGUGCCCCCUUGUCUGAGGGGCUGAGCCGGCUCUUCGGGGUGCUGGGGGACCUGGAGGGCUGCCACCGCCUGGUGCAGCCCCCAACCCCCCCAACCCCCACCCUGCUGCAGCUGCAGACAUGAGGGGCCUGGAGCCCUCCCCGCCCUGGGGGUUGGGGUCCCCACGCUUCGGGGAGCGCGGCGGUGGCAAUAAAGGCACUUUGUACUCUGCA